AUGGCAUCUGACCGGAUCCCCAAAUCGCGCGAUGCGAGUCUUAUCGCUCUGGAGGCUUUACCCGCCCCAGACACGGGUCCAUCUUUGGUUCCUCCUGAGACUUUUCCUUUGCUGGAGAAAUGGAAUCAACCGCGUGUCAAUAUCCAUCGGACGUUUGCCACAUUCUGGUCAUUUCUGGUUAUGGGUGCGAAUGAUGCAGCCUAUGGUGCUCUAAUUCCAUAUCUAGAAUCAUACUACCAUCUAUCUUACACAAUUGUGUCUCUCGUUUUUUUGUCGCCUUUAGUAGGCUAUACGGUCGCCGCGUUUCUCAAUCACCGCAUCCACUAUACACUAGGUCAGCGCGGUGUGGCCAUUAUCGGGCCGGCUUGCCAUCUCAUUGCCUAUGUUAUCAACUGCGUUCAUCCGCCUUAUCCAGUACUGGUGAUCGCAUUCAUAUUUGCAGGCUUAGGGAAUGGCCUUGAGGAUGCUGCAUGGAAUGCAUGGAUUGGCAAUAUGGCCAAUGCAAAUGAGUUGUUGGGAGUUUUGCAUGGCAUCUAUGGAGCUGGUGCAGUUAUGAGCCCUUUGGUCGCAACCUCCAUGAUUGCCAAAGGUGGUUUACCGUGGUAUUACUUUUAUUAUGUCAUGGUCGGAUGUGCGGCCAUCGAAUUGGUGGUUUCGGGCACAUGCUUCUGGAAAUCAACCGCAGCCAAUUUCCGCGCAUCGAACGUACCAUCAGCAGGCGAGAAUAAAAAAGGUGGCUUGAGGGAUGCACUUUUCAAGCGCCCGGCUGCCCGGGUCACCUGGCUCUGCGCGUUAUUCUUGCUGGGAUACGUUGGAGUAGAGGUCGCGCUAGGAGGGUGGAUUGUUACUUUCAUGAUCCGAGUUCGACAUGGUAGUGCUUUUGCCAGCGGAAUGACGGCCACUGGGUUCUGGUUGGGUAUCACGGUGGGACGGGUAAUUUUAGGAUUUGUGACACCUCGCGUUGGCGAGAAGGUCGCCAUCUCGGUAUACAUCCUUUGCUCCGUGGGUUUUGCUUUGAUCCUAUGGCUUGUGCCUCAAUUCUAUGCGUCGGCGGUGGCAGUUGCUCUGCAAGGUUUUUUCCUAGGUCCCCUUUUCCCCGGAGCAGUUGUGAUGGUUACGAAACUUCUUCCUCGGCACCUACAUGUCACGUCCAUAGGCUUUGUCGCCGCCUUUGGGGGUAGCGGAGCCGCCAUUCUCCCUUUCGCAGUUGGUGUGCUUGCACAAGCCAAGGGAGUGAAAGUGCUGCAACCAUUUAUCGUUGCACUAUCUGGUGCCAUUCUCUUAACAUGGUUGGGAUUGCCGCGGGUGUCCAAGGUCAGACACAAUGAAUAG